AAGCCGGAAAGGGAAUCUAAAUUUUGAUGAGAAGAGACAAGGGGGAGACCAGAGGGAGGGAAAAGCUCCCUUGGGCAAAGUGGGCAAAGAAAAAGCCGGAAAACUUGUGUAACAGGAAGAUGUCCGCUGAAAAGACUGUCAGCCCAACAGAGGAACAACUGGAAAUCCUGGAGUAUAACUUCAACAAAGUGAACAAGCACCCUGACCCUGCCACCCUUUGCCUCAUUGCGGCCGAGGCGGGGCUGACUGAGGAAGAGACUCUG